AUGAGCAGGAGCUGCGCGCUGACAAAGUUGUCCCAUCACCAACACCAUGAUACAAACUUUAACCGACGGUUCGGAAGUAGAGACUUGCAUCAAUGCGGAUUUUGUUUUUGCAGAUGCCGGAGUUGUGGAUGUCAUCGCCGGUGCAGGCCUCUGCCAGGCCAGCGGGCCACGCAGAUGUCGAGUGCACUUUGCCGGUGCAUUUGCGGCACAGGAAAGAAGGAUCAGUUCGAGCUUCAGCCGACGUUUAGCACUGACUUCAACGUGGAUGCCCUGGGGGAUACCGAUGAGGCUCCUUUCUCCAGGCCUCCGUUGACUGCCGGUCGGCUCACGUUCUCCUUGCUUCAGCAGCCGUUGCGCGGCACGCCGAUACGCCAGGGGAAGCUGUGGUAUCUCUCCUCGGAGGACCAGGUCGACUCGGUUCACUUCUCUCUCCAUGUCAAUGGCUUCUCCUUCUGGCACGAGGGCGCCGAGGUGGCCAUCUCCCUGUCACCCUUCGUUCUCGUGCGGAAUUGCAAGUUCCAGAGCGGCUACAACUCCACGCUUUCGGACAUCAAGAUCUUCAAGAUCUCCUUAUUUGCGCACCACGCGUGCUACUACUUUGGCGUCCGGAGCACCGACGAGCGCUGGGCCGAGGACGAGCGGUCGAGGUGGGUUUUGGACGUCUCCAGAGCGGUGAGGCUCGUGACGCAAAGCCUGUUCCCCCCGUACCGCAUCAGCUGCGAUCCACAGCAGGGCGCCAAGCACACGGCAACCCGUCUCAUGGCCGGCUACGUGGUACACCACGACGAUGUCUCGACUUGCUCGGUGGUGUACUGCGAGCUCCACGCGCACCAGGGAGAUCUGGCUCGUGUGACCAUGUACGAGAACGACCUCUGCCAGGCGCGGGUGGCUGAGAUUGACAUCUACGAGAGCGCCACGUGUUCCGAGAAGAUCGGCAUCAAUUGCAGCUGCUUCAGCGUGGAGGACCAUCAGUUCUCCUCCAGGACGCUGGCGGAAAGAAAGCUUUGGCUUCGCGCCAUUUCCAACGUGAGAGUCAAGCUUCAGAAUCGCGCGCCUGACCCCACCGAGGAGGAGCUUACCAGUUUCCGCACCGCCAUCAAGGAGCACCUCUCCACGAUCAGGGCAGCCCUGGAAGGACCAGGCGUUGAAGAGCCGGUUUUGAGCAGCGGUGGCGGCAGCCUGCCCACGGCACCGCGGCAGCGACUCGGCCAGACCAUGGACCCCUUGUUACAGCGCUGCCACGCGCGACGACCGCCGCUCUGUCAUGGGAUGGGGAUGUCGAUGCACAUGGGGUAUUCGGCAGAGGAUCUUCAUAGGCGCGUCGCAGCCCAGGCUGCGGAGAGUGAUGCGGGGAGGCUCCUCGACCUCAAAGGAAUUCAGGUCGAGCUCGAUCCCCUCGCGCACCGUGCUGCACCGAGGCCCACCAGCCAAAGCUCGCUGGACAGGUUCAAGGACAGCACGGAGACAGAGGAACCGAAGGGCCCGGAGCAGAAAGGCACGCAGGAACAUGUGAAGUGUGGCGUGAUUGCUUCGUGGAAGGAUGCUGCAGGCAUGACACUCCUAGUGGUGUUGGUAGCCUACUUGGAUGUGUGCUCUGCGAAUGUCCGGCAGCAGUGGCCGCAGCCGCCCCUGAAGCGAGCUCGCCACCACUGCAAUGCGUGUUACCUCGACCAGACACCCCGUGAGACUUGCGACUUUCGGCUGGAGAGGACCUGCACAGAGAAGGCGGGCUGUCUUCGACCGGAUGCUCGCUGCCUUGAAGCGCCCCUUGAUGACUGGCAAAUGAGGUGUUGCUGUCUCCCGGAGAACGGGGUCACAAGCACUAGCCUGUGCAGUGUGGAGGGUUUCUUGAACGUGCCAUUCCGGUUUAAUCAUUGCAUCUUGAAGUGCUGUGAGCAUCACAACUGUGGGAAUGGCUGCGCAGCAAGGGAGGAAGGAUGUGGCGACGCCUUGCCUCCCUUUGAAGGUCCUUGCCGCAUUGUGGCCAACACCACGGCGGCAGAGCAAACCGAUGCAAACUGCUGCCUGUGGAGCAAGGGCAUCAACUGCACCUCAAGCCAUCAGGCGCCCUGCUGCCUAGAAGCUGUGCAUCCUGGGCAGGUGUGUCAGGCCACUCAAGCCGCCUGCAUGAUCAAGCCAAGCAUCAGCCCAUUGCCUGCAAGCGAUUCUGGGCUGCUGGCAGUAUGCAUGGUGGUUGUCUUGGUGCUGUUUGGUCUCUUGGCUGUGGUGAUGCCUUGUUCAAGGCAGGCAGGCAGAGAGCGCCUCUUGCGCGAAGCAGGCCCGGCCGUCUCGCUGGUGGAAGUUCCAGCUGCAUCGAAGCGAUGCGUGGUCGUAAUUUCUUGCAGUACUUUCAUCGGGGGUAGUCCAAGCCUGGAUACCAUCGAUUCGGCUCAUGACCAGGGAUCGCGGGUCUGCAAACUCUUCCAGGACGAGCUUGGUUUUGAUGUGGUGCAGCAUGAGCGAGAUGUGCCGACAACUGCUGCCUUCUGGCAGAUGGUGGCGAGACUGUUGCGAGAUUUGAACGGAGAGCCACACGUGCUGCUGGUUCUGUACUUCAUUACCCAUGGAGUGGAAGUCAACUUCAACUUGCACAUGGCAAUGAGCGCUGCGGCACCCCUCGUGCUGCAUGACGAGUGGUACCUCACCAAGGUUGACCUGCAGCAUCGGUUCCAGACAAUUGACAACAGCUCCGAAGCACAACAUCACCACAACUGCAAGCCACUGGCGUAUAUGAAUCUUGUCACCUUUGCAGACACCUGUCGCAGCCCGCCGCCGCAAGAAGCAAGGACUGCCAGUGGUGGGAUCCCGCACUGGCCCAAGGCGUUCCAGUUGCAAAAAAGAGACAAGCCCGCGCGUAUCUGCUUCGUGCAUGCGUGCGAGUAUCACCGUCCUGCUUUGGGACAUUUCACGGAGGUCUUCCUGAAAUUAGCCAAGGUACCCCAAAGCCUUGACACUUUGAUCGACUCCAUGAGGCAAGAGCUCGAAAAAUGCACGGGCGCAGGGCGGCAGCAGCGAGUUUGCUGCGACUCCGGCAGUUUGAACCUCAAAGACAUCUACCUGCAUCCCGCCUCUGGCUUGCCCUCAAGUUCCAGCACAAUCCUGGGACCGACCAGCUCAGAGGGACCCAGCUCUGAAGUAUCGGCAUGCUCGUAG